AAAUCGAAUAACUGUACAAGCCGAUGAAAGAAAAAUGAGGGAACCUGAAUGUAAUUCUGUAUUUAUUACAAGGCAACAAUUUGCGAGAAUACCUUCAAAUGAAGAACUGUUUAGUUUAUAUUUAACUGAAGAAGAAACCUCUAAUGAAAAAUAA